AUCCAGCAUGUAUCUCCACCCCUCUCUCCUCCUCCUCGUCCCACUCGCCGCCGCCUCCGCAGGCACAAGCUGGCCUCCCUUCUCCUCCCUCCCGCUGACACGCCCAGGCCCGCGCGGCAACGCAUGGGGGCUCUUCGGCCCCGCCUCGACCGACCAGCUGGGUAUGCUCAACCUUCUGACGCCUAGUAACACCGUUUCCGCGGCACGGGAGAUCCGCAGCGGUAUCCGGGUAUCACUCGACUGGGCGUUGGACCUGCCGCGCCAGGGGUUCUUUGGGCGCCCGCCGCUGCAGCACACGGUCAGCCCGCUGGGACCGAAUGCCUUUGCCGAUAACAUCACGCUCAAUACUCAGAGCAGCAGCCAGUGGGAUGGGUUCCGACACUAUGGAUAUGCGGAUGCGGAGGGCCCGACGUGGUUCGGUGGGCGCACGAGGGAGCAGACGCUGCAAGGGGAUACGCUCGGGAUAAAUGUGUGGGUGGAAAACGGCGGGAUCGUGGGGCGCGGGGUGCUACUGGACUACGCCUUAUGGGCGGGCAAGAACAACAUAACUGUGUCUCCAUUCACAGCACAGACGAUCCCGGCGUCACACCUUUCCUCCGUUGCGCGCGACUCAGGGAUCAAGUUCCGACCCGGCGACAUCCUGUUUAUCCGGUCCGGGUUCACCGCGGCCUGGAACUUGCUGUCGCCCGCACAGGAGACAGCACUGCAGGCCCGCGCCGCACCGGAGUAUAUCGGCGUUGAGCCCAGCGAGGAUACGCUAAGGUGGCUGUGGGAGAGGCGUUUUGCCGCGGUGGCCGGCGAUGCGCCGGCUUUUGAGGUGGCGAGUAAGGAGGGUGCAAUGGGGGAGGCACAGUUCUCGCUCCAUGCCUGGUUGCUGGCUGGUUGGGGAAUGCCGGUUGGUGAGAUGUUUGAUCUUGAAGGGUUGAGUGAUGAGUGCAGGAGGAACAAGAGGUGGACUUUCUUUGUUAGCAGUGUGCCGUUGAAGAUUCCGGGAGGUGUCGCUGGGCCGCCGAAUGCUGUGGCUAUAUUUUAGCUGCGCUGUUGGGGGCAGAAGGAUUCGUGGCGGAGAUAGAGUUGGUAUCACCCAGACCAGCUGGGUUGGAGGAGAGCGAGUGAGAUAGCUUGUGUCAUUCGAAUCUGAUCAAUUUAUGCACGUUUUAUACCAGUCAUCAAUCAGUCAUCCC